AAGAAGAUGAAACUAUAUAGAUGGGGGUUUCAAGUGAUGUGAGCGGAAUGUGAGCUGUGUGACUCUCGAAAAUCAAUGUAAAUCGGAGCUGAUAUAAGACGGAUCCAUUUAGUUUUACUAGAGGUAAAAUUGAACUGAACACUAUGAAUCCAAUGGGGAUGCCUCCAUUUAACCAGGCCCUACCGCCGUGGGGCCCGCCACCGCCGCCGCAGCUGCCGCAUAUGCCCCCUCCGUCUGCUUCGUUCUGGACUUCGGCAAACGUCAGCAGCCGCCUCAAAGAACUUCACGACACUUUAAACCUCGCCAAAGCAAUGCAGAAAGAGUUGGAGAUGUUGAUUCGUUUGAAAGAAAUGGAUGGGAUUAGCGAAGGUGAAGAUUUAGGGCGUGGCAACAUGUCGAUUAGCAGGUUUUCUAGGUUCAUGAAGGACAAUGGUAUUGGAGUUGAAUUUCAAGAAACGAUGUCGUUGAGUACUGCAAAUGCUGUGAUGUCGAAGCUCAGAUUUCUUCUAGAGCCAUUCAGGGUUGUUGCGGAUGAGAACAGUCCUUGGGAGGAGAAGUCUGCUGUGAAAAGGUUGGCUGAUAAAAUGGAGAAGUAUAAAAGAAAUAAAUUAUGGCGGAAAAAGAAAAGGAGGCGCGUGGCGGAGAACAUAGCUAAGGAGCAUGAGCAAUUUGAUAAAAUAGACAAGGAAGCGGAUGAAUGGAGGAAAAGGGAGAUAGCCAAAGACAUUGCUCAACAGAAGGUAGAAAAAAUGAAGGAGAUAGCCAAGCUUAAAGCAAAAGAGGAGAAGAAAAGACUGGAAUCCGAGCUUGAGCUGGUGUUGAUUGUUGAAAAGCUGCAGGAACUACGUUCUCUCAGAAUACAAAAAAUGAAAAAACAAGGCCAUUUUCUUCCAGAAGAGGAUGACAAAUUUCUUGAACGAGUUAGAGCUGCAGUUGAGGAGGAAGAGCGACUAUCAAUGGCUGCUGUGGAUACAGAUGCUGCUAAAGAUGCUAUUGCUACUAUUAAGGAAUCAAGAAAACACAUCAAGAGUCAUACACCAGAUGCAAAACAACCAGACGUCAAUGAUAGUGGAGAUACAGAAACCCAAAACCAGAAAACCGAUACAGACAGCGACAGGAUUUCAAAGAACACCUCCCAUGAUGAAUCUAUAAAACCUGAUGCUGCUGGACCUGGUUUUGGCAGUGCCUACGAUUCCAUUGCUAAUUUACCCAUGGAAUUUUACCAUUAUUAUCAUGGUAGCAACACCGAUAUGGGCACACUCAUCGAGGUGAGAAGAACAUGGGAUGCAUACAUAAGACCUGGAGGAAGCCGCAUACCAGGGCACUGGGUUCAACCGCCACCUCCAGCAGAUGAGAUAUGGGCAUCCUACUUGGUAAAACCUAAAUGAUCUUAACUUCAGAUGGGAAGCUGGCUUUGCCGAAUAAGCUCCCUUGCUGGCAUGUCUAGCCACCGGACGUCCUUCUUGGCUCUGAGAAGUCGAGAACUGAAAAUGACGCGAGGCCAGGAGGUCUUCAUCUUGAUGGAAUAGAUUAUAGAUCAAGAAGAAUGCUAAUGAUCUCAGGAGAAAUCCAAGAAUCUUCGUCUAGUUGAUGCCCAAAAGUCUAGUUGAAUCCAAGAAUAUUCAGUUGACAAUUUCACAAUUCAAAAAAACCCCCAAAGUCCAAAACAUUCGAAAGAGACAAGGCAACAAAGUCUGGAACUGGAAGAAAAAAAAAACAACUUACCUUCAGGCCACCAGAGUCGUACUGCUUGGGUCAGAUUUAGGCCGCCGGAGUCGCCGGACGCUUACACGAAGUCGACUGGAGACUGACGUGUUGUCACUCGUGAGCAGAGAGAGCACAAUUGAUUUUAAAACAACAAUUAAAUGUAAAAACUUUUGCAAACUUACAUGUGGUUGGAGGAAGGACGAGUCGACGACGGGUGUCGCCGUGCUGGUGCGGUCGGCGUGCAGGAGGGUGGAAGCCGGAGUGAGGGCCGAGAAACGGGUACCGCAGCGGGGUAGGGGCCUAGGGCACGGCUUCAGCCUUCAAGUCUAUUCAAGGCAGAAGAGAAGUUUUGUUCUUCAAUUUCUGGCGGUAGAUUGAUGGCGAUGGCGGUGGAGAAGAGAAAAUUCAUUGUAGAGAGAGAGAGGAGUGGGGCCCACUAGAAAUAAAAGAUUUUUUUUUAUAAAGAAAACGGCGUUUAGGCGCCGUUUAACGGAGGGGUUUAUUUGCACCCUUGUUUAGGGAGUUCAGGGAGA